UGCAUGAUAAAUCGUUUGAAGAGCUGUUAGAAGUGAUGAGAGCUCACAAAGACCCCAAGCCAUCGAAAAUAUUGAGCAGAUUUCGAUUUAGCCAGUGCCAUCGUGAUCCGUCUCAACCUGUUGCAGACUUUAUCGCCGAGCUCCGCAAGGCAGCAGAGCACUGCGAGUUUGGAGGCACACUGGAGGAUCGGCUGAUGGAGCAGCUGGUGUGCGGCAUCGCUGACGAGCGCAUCCAGAGGCACCUCUUGGCUGAGCCCCAGCUGGACUUCUCCAGAGCUCAGCAAGUCAGCCUGUCGCUCGAGAUGUCGAGUAAGGACGCUCAGGUCAUCGCAGGUCAGUGCGGGGGCACGGGCCACGCCACUGUCCAUGCUGCUGCAGCGCAGGCGAACACAGAGCCUUGCUGGCGUUGCAAUCGUGCGAAUCACAGUCCAGAUAUAUGCAGAUUCCGUAACUUCAAGUGCCGAAACUGUGGCCAGUUCGGCCACAUUCAGAGAGCGUGCAGGCGCCGCCCACGGAAGUCGGCCACUUCUGGGAGGCGCCGUCAGUCGGCCAACAAUGUCACCGGCUCCGGCGAUGAAGAGGACUGGGAGAGCUGGGUGGAAGCCGAAGAAGCAGUCGGCCAGAUCCGUCGAUCCACUGACACCGGCACUGCUGACGUCAGACAGGAUAUCGUCAGCUACCUGACCUGAGCCGGAGCGGAGAGGUGACAUCUGGCGGCGGCGCUGAGGGAGCUCACUCUGGCUGGCUACCGGCUGCCGCCGACGCUGUUCAACGGCCGCCCGCCGCGGCGCUCGUUCGGCCGCCGGCACCUGGUGCUGCCGUUGGGUCGUCUGCCGAGCCGUCUGCUGGGUCGUCUGGCGAGCUGGCUGGUGUUGCUGCUGGGUCGUCUGCUGAGCCGACUCAGCGCGAGGUCUCGGGCGCUGCCGUUCCGUCAUCGCCGCUAUCUGGCCGAGUGCCGCUGUCGCAAUCUCAGCGGACGGCGCCGGUGCCAUUGUCGCGGCCCGAUGACGCGUCUGUUUCUACGGGCAACCGCAGUGAGCUCGCGCGUCGCUAUCCGGUUCGUGUGCGGAACAAACCAAACUUUUACGUGGGAAAGUAAUGUACGGUAAUUGGGCGUGGUCCAUGCGACGACUGCGCGUGCGCGGGGCCGCGCGGCGGCUGCGCGUGCGCAGGGCGCGGUGUGCGUGCGCCUGUCUGUUAGACUGUACCGCUGUGUCAUCGUCUGCGCGGGUCAGCCGGCCCGCGCGGCAUUCUGAAAUAGAGUGGCAAACUGAACAGCUGUGUU